AUGUAUAUAUGGGCGAAGUCGCGUAGGGUUUUCUUCAUGCCGGAAAAGGAAAGUUUCCCGCAGCAAAGCCUUCUUCUCCACGUCGUGUAUGGGCCGACAUUGUACCAAGGAAAGCUCCAAACAUUAGCCAGGCCUCUUCUCUAUUCGAUCAAGGCCUUUGGCGCUGCUGCUCGGGCCAUUAGACACUCCAAAUCCUCCAUGGGCUUCGUUUACUCGCUUACCGGACAUGUCUCGGUAGAAAAUAAGUUCGGCCUCAUAGUUGAUCCAAAUGGCUUCAUUCCACUUCGACGUGAUGCAUGA